CUCCAGUUUGGUGGUUUUUGCCGGAUGAGACAACCUACCAGUUGUUGCGGCUGUUUGAAGAGUGAGAAAGAGAGAGACUUUCUUUUGUUUUAGAGAGAGAGAGAGAGAGAGAGAGAGAUUGUGACUGCUGCUAUGGAGAUGGGAUCUCACUCUCACCAGCAGAAUCAUUACUGUUAUUAUUACCACUUCAACCACUGUCUUUGAUCCAUUUUCAUCAACUAAAGCCCUUCUUCUUCUUCUUCUUCUUCCUCUUCAGGUAUUACUCUCACUCUUUUUUAUUCCCCAUUUUGCCCCUCCCUGCAUUGCCCACCAAUCUGCCACUGAACCCACAUCAAAGUUUUGCUCUUUUCUGUAGAUCCUCCACAUUGCCUUGGUUCUGGUUCAAAAUGGUGAUCUGGUAGGACUUUGAAUAUCUCAUCUCUUAGAUAUCCAUCAUCUCGUACAUAUAUAUUCUACUGCCGCGAAAGAAGCUUGAUGGGUUCCAGAUUCCCAUCUCAUCAGCUCAGCAAUGGUCUCUACGUGUCAGGCAGGCCUGAGCAGCCAAAAGAAAGAGCACCUACAAUGGGCUCAACUGCCAUGCCCUAUACUGGUGGUGAUAUCAAGAAGUCGGGAGAGCUGGGUAAAAUGUUUGAUAUCCCGUCAAUGGAUGGCUCCAAAUCUAGGAAAUCUGGACAAUUGACUGGUGCUCCUUCAAGGACCGGAUCAUUUGGAGGUGCUGCUUCACAUUCAGGUCCUAUUCCUAAUGCUGCUGCUCGUUCUAUCUAUACCACAUCAGGUCCUGUAACUUCUGGAACUGGUUCGGCUUCAAUGAAGAAGACUAAUUCUGGACCACUCAAUAAGCAUGGAGAACCUAUGAAGAAGUCGUCUGGGCCUCAAUCUGGUGGAGUGACACGCCAAAAUUCUGGCCAAAUACCAGUACUUCCUACAACAGGCCUCAUCACAUCUGGUCCGAUUUCUUCAGGCCCACUAAAUUCCUCUGGGGCACCUAGAAAGGUAUCUGGACCUUUAGACUCUAUGGGAUCAAUGAAAUUACAAGGUUCUGCUAUUGUUCACAAUCAAGCUGUGACUACUCUCGGCCAAGAUGAUUAUUCUUUCAGAAAGAACUUUCCAAAGACAAUAUUAUGGUCUGUGAUACUGAUAUUUGUGAUGGGGUUCAUCGCUGGUGGUUUUAUUCUUGGAGCAGUCCACAAUCCCAUACUCCUAGCUGUUGUGGCAAUUCUUUUCGCUGGUGUUGCUGCUUUAUUCACUUGGAAUACUUGUUGGGGAAGAAAAGCUACCACAAAUUUCAUUGCUCGCUAUCCUGAUGCUGAGCUUAGAACUGCUAAAAAUGGGCAAUAUGUGAAGGUCUCGGGGGUGGUUACCUGUGGUAAUGUGCCCCUCGAAUCAUCCUUUCGUAGAGUUCCUAGAUGCGUUUAUACGUCUACAAGUUUGUAUGAGUACCGAGGAUGGGAUUCAAAACCAGCAAAUCCUACGCAUCGGCGAUUUACAUGGGGACUUAGAUCAUCAGAGAGGCAUGUAGUGGAUUUCUACAUCUCUGAUUUCCAGUCUGGGUUGAGAGCAUUGGUUAAGACUGGCUAUGGAACCAAAGUUACUCCUUAUGUUGAUGAAUCCGUCAUUAUUGAUGUGAACCCAGCAAACAAAGACAUGUCCCCAGAGUUUGUGAGGUGGUUGGCAGAUAGGAAUCUUUCAAGUGACGACCGAACAAUGCGAUUGAAAGAAGGGUACAUCAAGGAAGGUAGCACAGUUAGUGUGAUGGGAGUUGUCCAGAGAAAUGACAACGUGCUUAUGAUCGUUCCUCCACCUGAGCCAUUGACAACUGGAUGCCAAUGGAGCAGUUGUAUCUUUCCAGCUAGCCUUGAGGGUGUUGUUUUGAGAUGCGAAGACUCAUCAAAAAAUGAUGCCAUACCUGUUUAAUUGCUUGUGCUUAAGAAGCAUUUGCAGGUUUUGGUCUUUUGAGAAUAUUUUGUUCCCAAUCUCAAAAUUGGUUGGUGGUGGGUGGUGGGUGGUGGUAGUGGUGGUGUUGUAGUGAGAUACAGUGAUGAGCUUGAUGGUUUAAGAUGAUGUGAUUUUUUCAUCCUUGUGUAUAGCUUUUAGAAAUUUUCUUUCCAUCGUUUUUCCUAGGGUUUGAAAGUUUCUGUAAUGGUGUGGUUUGUUCAUGUAGUGGGGAGUUUUACAAGUUUGAGAAGACUGCAUGUUAUAAAGUAAAGUGUUACAUAAUUCAUCAGUUAAUUUCUGGUCUUGGGAACUUUAUAGUUUCCCUUGCCUGUCUCUAAA